CACUACGCACUAGCGCUGGUUGAGGGCGCGUCUGGGUUUUUGAAAAGCAGCUCAGACUCAGUCGCCCUGGACUGGAGCUCUUCUGUCGUUCUGAUCUUUACUUGGGCUCGUCGUACUGCCUACUGCCUGCUGGCAACUACAGUGUACUAGUAAAUCUCUUUCCUUCCUGACCGGUCCAUUGUUGGUUUCCAACGUUAUCCGGAUCUCCGGUCCAGCGCCGAUUUCACUCCGAAAUCUCCCAGCUUGGCCUAACUAAAACUUUAGCACAUCUUGCGUCCGCACCGCACUGUACUGCACGCAGAGGGCAGUGCCGCCGGUGGGUAGUACGGUAGUACGGUGGUAGUGUUUGUGGCACAUGCAGGUGGCACCGUUUUAUUUUUAUUUUACACACCCAGGUGAGAGGAGCGGGUGCUGUUUCCAGCGAUCGACUUGGCACAAGUGAGAGAAUUAGCGCUUAUCUUCUGGCCUGGGACGCCUGGUGAAAGCGCUUCUGCAACCUCGGAUCGUAUUUGGAGGGAGGUUGAGUGCGACUCGACACAGAAGGAGAGAGAUUGCCCCGUAAUAAAAAAAACAAUAAUGUCGGAGGGCCUGAACACCUCGUUUAGCGCAGAGAGUGCAAUAGAUACAAGCCGGGCGUUGGACGAGACCCGUCGCUGGAUUGAGGAAUGCACCGGGUCACAAUUUCCGUCCGACGACUUCAGACUUUCGCUUAGAGACGGCGUACUCCUGUGCAAGUUGGCCAAUGUCAUUCAAGAGGGCAGCGUGAACCUGAAGCGCGUUCAGACGGGAGCGCAGGCUACCUUCGUAUGGCUUGAAAACCUGAACUACUUCAUCAAAGCUUGCCAGCAGCUAGGCCUAAAGGGUGGCCAGUUAUUCGAUCCCACUGAGUUGAUUGCAGAGGACCACAGCGAAGUGAAAAUACAGAGCGGUAAGAGAACUGAGCAAGAGCGACGUGUGCGCAAUGUUGCGAUCACGGUAUACUGGCUUGGCAAGAAGGCCAAUAGGAUCAAGACGUUUGAAGGGCCCAAGUUGAACCUGACCGAAUUCCAGAACAUUGUUCCGUCUGCUGUUCACCAUGAAGAAGACAACCGAGAGGCUACGCCGGAGCACGACCCAAGCCCUGCACCAGACAAGCAGCAAGAUGUGUUGGAGGAGAUUAUCGAGACUGAGGUCAUCACAACCGUCACGACAGAGGUGCGUCGCGUCGUCAAGCUCUCGCCAAACAUGCGCGAGGUAGUGCGCGAGGACGUCAGCACUAACACUGCCGUGGAGGAGAGGCCGCGCACCAUCACCAAGCGCUCGUCGGCCAGUGAACUUCGGUCUGCUUUCAUGAAGCGUAGCUCCUCCAGCGACCUCAAUCAAUCCAGUGCUAGCAGAUUGCGCGUCGGAUCUCGUUCUCGAAACAGUGGUGACAUGACCAGCGCCCGGCCAAGAUCAGGUGCACCUGAAGCUCAGGCAGAUAGUGAGAGCCUUGCUCUUUGUCUAGACCUGGGUUCAACUGAAACAGAGUUUGGCUUCACAUUGGAGGGCGCCGAGAAAGGAGUUCCCACCAGUAUUGCAACGGUGGAGAAAGGAUCCUCUGCCGAUCGUGCCAACCUGCAUGUGGCUGAUAAGGUGUUCUGGGUGAAUGGAGAAAGUGUGGCCUUUUCAAGCCUCAGCGAGGUGGAGGCACAGGUCACAUUUAUUUGUAAGAAGGAGAGGGUGAUAACGCUGGGUAUCAGACGGCUCAUCCCAACCAAAGUCCCUGAGCAAAUUCCAGAAUCUGCCGUGGAGGCCGAGCCAAGCUCGCCACCCCCGGCAACGAAAGUCGAGGAGGAAGCCGUAGCUAUGAUGGUGGCACAGACCGAGACUGGUCCCACUGAUUUAGCUACUGCGCUGAAGGAGUUUGAAGACAAGGUUGAAGCAGCAGAGGUUGCACCAGCAGCAACCCCAGAACCAGCUGCGGAAGACAGGAGUCCUGCUGCAGCGGGUGUUGCAGUGGCUGGUGUCGCAGUUUUGAGCGGCUUUUCCACUCACAAUACCGGAGCACCAUCGGGCUCCCCACCGGCAACUGCUAGCCGAGAGAAGGUGACGGAGGAAGCUGCAACCAUGUCAUUGCAAUCAGACGACCAAUCAACAUUCACUCCUCAUGGACAAGCACCGACUGCUUGCUAUCCGUUGACCCGGGAGUCAGUAAGGAAUGCUACGGCCAGUGUUGAUUCGGCUGCUACGGACGAUACUACCAAACUUGGCCUGGCUACCGCUGCUGCUGCCGUCGUGGUGGAAACCGAAUUGCCCAAAAGUGAUGUACAACGUCGGCGGUGGAAUUCGUCUAGUACUCCCCCAGGUUCUGGUCUUCAGUCUCCUGAGCCACCAGCAGAUGAAGAAGAUAUGUCACUGGCUGCAGUACUGCGACGUGUUCAGAAGAAGCAUGGUGAUGAAGAGGACGCAGAAAAGUGCAAGAAGCUCGUGGCACUGGUGUCCACGCCCGGGUUCAGCGGUGUGGUGGAGGCUCACCGUGGCAUUGGUAAGGCGAACGCUGCAGCUGCAAGCGCUGAGCACACCUCCCAGCCUAGUCAGACGACGGAGGAGCCAGCGUGUCCCGUGUGCCGACGUACGAAUCAGGCUGUCAAUAGCAGUGACAACCAGCAAGAUGCUGACGACUCCGCAGCACUGGCUGAAGUCAUGGGCUCUCCACACUUCCGGGCACUAUGCUGGACGCAUGACCAGUUGCUGCAGAAGAGGAAGCGAGAGGGUGGUGCAAAUGCUCCGCCGGCGGUCACGGCUAGUUCUGCUGCAUCCAGUACUACAGCCCAAGCUGUUGGUGCUGCGGCCGCGAUCACUUCUCAGAGGGAGGAGCCACUGCAAGCAGCUGCUGCACAGUCCAAGCCAUCUCCGAAGCCAACACAUGUCGCUAAUGGAACUGGAGGUGCAGCAACAGCAGCAGCGGUGGCGGCGGCAACAGGAGCGAAAGCUGCUCCACUUCCACGUAUUAUCAUUGUGCAGAAACAGGCCAAGAAGCCAUUGGGUGCGACAAUCAGAACGGAGGAUGGCAAAGUGUUUGUAGCCCGGCUUAUGGCUGGCAGUUCACUUGCUCAAUCGGGACAAAUCAACGCCGACGAUCAGAUUCUAGAGAUCAAUGGCAAGCCGAUCCAGGGCAAGUCGAUCAGCGAGAUCUCAGCUAUCUUGGGAGAGAUACCAGUCGGUGAUUUGUCGAUGAAAAUUCAGCCAGCUGAAACGGCACCAGCUACGGGUCCGACCCCAGAGGUGAACGUGCGCGCUCUGUUCGACUACGAUCCAGCAACAGAUGAGCUUCUACCUUGCAAGGAAGUAGGUCUCGCCUUCAAGAAAGGUGACGUGCUACAUGUAGUAAACCGGCAUGAUGUGGACUGGUGGCAGGCUGUGAAGGAGGAUGAAGAUGAUGCUGGCAUGGCUGGUCUUAUUCCCAGCAAGUACCUUCAAGAGCGGAGAGAUUCCUACCAGCAGAUUGUGGAUGACGACGGCAAGAGAGCAUCACAGAAAAAGCGCAAGAGCAGCAAAGUGCGUCUCCCCAAGAGGAAAAAGAAGAAGGCUAGCACCUACGAGGCCAAGCAAAACGCUUACAACUUUGAUGAAGUACAUACCUAUGAGGAGGUUUUCUUGGUCAAGCCAGACCCGGCCAAGAGGAGGCCCAUAGUAAUAGUCGGUCCGCUUGAGGGAGGCAGAGAGGAUCUCAAGGCACGCCUGGUCGAUCACGAUCCAGAGAAAUUCAACAUCCCGAUUCCUCAUACCACACGACCAAUGAGACCGGACGAAAAGCCUGGUGAGAUCUAUCACUUCAUAACGCAGAAGGAAUUCGAGACAAAGAUGAAGAGCAACGAGUUCUUUGAGCACGGCCAGCAUCGGGAGAACUUCUACGGCACGGCGCUGAGGUCCGUCACGGAGGUAAUCAUGAGUGGCCACACGUGUGUUGUCACAGCUCAUCCAGAGGCACUUGCUCUUCUCCGUGCAUCCAACAUGGUGCCGUACGUUGUCUUUCUACGACCGCCCUCGCUGAGUACAGAAGCCGAUCAGCCUCAACUUGCCGAGGAAUCAGAUCAAGCACGGGGACAUCAGCUUGCGUAUCAGAUGGAGGUGCAGUUUGGUCACUUGUUCGACAAGACUAUUGUCAACCACGACAUCGAGGUCAGCCUUCAGGAGAUGUUGGAAACGGCACAUUUCUUGCAAACGCGGCCACAGUGGGUACCCCUGACGAGACGCUCAACCUAAGCGUUUACAACAGAUGCCAUCUCUCGGCUAAUGCCGCGAAACAGUGCACAUCCCCUGUGCAAGGCAUGCAUGUGACCACCCCCUGCGCGAGUCACCUUGAUACUCCUUCAACACUCGCCGCCAUCAACGGCCCUGAUUGACGCAGCCAAAAGGAAGCAACGACUGGCAAUGAGUGGCCGGACCAUAAGCAGUGAUGUGUGAUGGAUGGUUUGCUCAGUAUCCAGGAAGUGCUGCAGAGCUGAUCGUCUCCCUGCUGUUGACGCUGCCAGCCCUGAGGUAGUUUUACUACUAGUAUUGUCCUCUCUAAGCUGCCAAUGCUUACUAGUAUUGUCCUCUCUAAGCUGCCAAUGCUGCUGCACAAUGCACCAAGCACAUUCUGCACAUACAUUGGGGGACAAAUCACACUCAAGUUGAAGCCUAUCACUGCUCCAUGGAAUAUAUUGGCAGAUAGAGCAUGGCAGGAAGAGAUUAUAAUAAGACCAUUGACAUGAUUUGAAACAGAAAGGUGGCAAACGAAAGUCUCUUUACACAAGUCGGAAUAAGGAUGAAAAUAGUAUGUACAAAACUAGAAUGUGUCCUACAAAAACUUCUCUCCCUUGUCAGAUUAUUUUGAAUUGUCCCACGUUUAGUGCGAUGAAUUGGUGCGUGUAAUGACUGAUGAUAUGGCUGCCAGAUUUGUUUGCGAGUUUAUGUGUUUUAUGCAGUAGGUCUAGCUUUUAUAAUUGUUAUUAUAGAUCAUUCUAGAUAGUCCUGUUAUUCCCUUUUCACGCUAUGCUGUUGCUGAGAGUGGAUUCGGUGUUUCAGUAUCCAUGGCUAUCCGAGCAGGCUUGCACAUGUUAUCAUCGUUCGCGUCUUCGUCGUCUAAAUUGAUCAUUGCUAUUGGUGGUUGAGGCUUUCUGCAAGUGAGAAAAAGAGGUGUGAUUGCUUGCCUCAGAUUUUGAAACAUCUAUGAAUUGUGAAGUUCACAAA